AUGGCACCAGACAAAUCAUUUAUGAAUUUCGGGUCAAAGGGGGAUCCAUGUAAUGCUAAGUGUGAUUUGAAGAAGAUGAAGAGAAAGGAAUCCAAUCGCUUAUCUGCUCAGAGGUCUCGAAAUAAGAAGCACCAGCAGCUUGAAGAGCUUCUCCGUCAAGUGAAUCUCUUAAAGGAAGAAAACCAAUCAUACUCGGACAGAAUCAAUGCCACCAAUCAAAUGUAUCAAAACAUGGCUUCUCAAAAUAAGGUUGUGAGGGCUCAGUUUGAUGAAUUGUCUGAUCGUUUGCGUUCCAUGAAUGAUGUGAUUCACAUUGCAUCUGAAGUCAAUGGUGUGGCGAUUGAUACUCAAGAAAUUCCAGAUACCUCACAUAAACCAUGGCAGCUCCCCUUUCCGGCUCAGCCGAUGUUGCAGGACCCAUUUCUGCCUCAACCAUUGCAGCAGGAUUCCUUUCUACCUCAACCACUACCACUGUUGCAAGACCCAUGGCAUCUCUCCUGUGUGAAUCAGCCAAUUGCUGCCUCUGCUGAUUACUUCCUCGACUGA